CACACACAGAAAGAGAGAGAGAACAGGGCACACCAGGUUUGACAGCAGACAGCAGAGGUUCAGGUGGCGAACAGAAACUAACACCUGCCAUGAAGAUGCUUCUCAGCCUCGCGCUCCUCUCCCUCCUCUUCUCUCCAGCUCUGUCACUGGAGUGCUACGUGUGCAGUGCAGCCACCACUAAUGAAGAAUGCAACCAGAACACUCAGAAAUGCCAGGCGCCACUGGACACGUGCAUGACUGUUGUUGACACUUUAGGUGCUACGAAAGCCAUAGUGAAGCAGUGCAGUAGUCAGGCCACGUGCAAAGGAGCUGCCUCGACCGCCUCAGUCGACUCGAACGGAAACGGAAACACAAUCAGCUGCUGCAACAGCUAUAACUUGUGUAACUUCAGUGGAGCCGAGUCUGUUCACGUGCACGUAACACUUGUGCUUCUGUCUGUAGGUGUUUUACUGCUGCUGUCUCACUGAGCUCAGAGGGAUGUAUCAGUGCUGUCAAAAGCUGCAGAAGUGAUAUGUUAUGUCACUCUGCUGCUCUAUAGAUCAAAGUGUUGUCUCUGAAUAUAUCUGUACAGGCUGUAUUAUUAUGUAUUAUAUUGUAUCAUGUAAAAACUGCUUCUCUAAAUUUCUACUUUUAACUAUAUAUACAUGUAUGAACUACAUGAACAAUAUUAACAAUAACCUGUCUACCCUGUGGCUGUACUACACAGUAUGAAAAAACUAAAUGUUAUAUGAAAAAAAUCCAUGGUACAUAUUGUAUUCACUACAUUUGUAGCUCACUGAAUGCAGGUUUUUCAGCCUUGCUCUGGCAUGUACGUAGUAUACCUUGCCUAUAUAUCUACCCAUCUGUAUCUAUAUUCAUCUCCCUGAUAAAUCCUGUACCUGAUGACACAACCAGCAUAAUGAAAAUCUAUUUGGGAUUAAAGACAUGAAAAAAGAAGAGAUUCAGAUAAAAAUGAAUUUGAAACAGGGAUUACCAGUAAGUAUUACAGUGGACUAUCUUAUUGGAAUAAUUAAAAAAAAAAAGAAAAAAAAAGUGUAAAUGGACCACAGUGUGGAGCCUUCUCACCCCCACCAACAUUAACACAAAAUAACAACUCUAUAAUUCUAGAUCCUGGAGAUAUAAAACCUUGUAUAGGAAAUGUUUUAUCACUGAUAAGAAUGUGGACAAACUGAUUCCCAUUUCAUCAUUAUUUUAUUUCAUUGUUUUUUUCCUCCUAUUUGACAAGAUGGCUGAUGUAGCCCAGAAGACAAAAUAAAAACCAGUGUUUACUA